GCAAAUCUAAACGUGGAAACUGCGGCGGGAGAGGUGGGAAGGACCGGGAUGCUCUAGCAAACGCUGCUGGAAAACUCACCCCAGGUCCCAGAAUGCAUCACAGCUCAGCCGCAUCUGGAGAGGGGCAUGCUGGGAUCUCUCCUCCGGCGGCACAUGUCCCCACCAUGCUUUCCUGUGACAUCUGCGGUGAGACAGUACCCUCAGAACUAGAUAUGAAGGCUCACCUAAUUGUUCACAUGGAAAACGAAGUGACAUGUCCAUUUUGCAAGUUGUCAGGUGUAAAUUAUGAUGAAAUGUGUUUUCAUAUUGAAACUGCUCAUUUUGAGCAGAAUACAUCAGAAAGAAACUUUGGGAAACUAAAUGCAAUACAGUAUGAAAAUCCAGACAGCCAGAAUAGCACCCUACAGAGGACAGUGGAAGUUCAUUCAAGUAUUCAUUCAGCUUGUGCAUCUAAUUUUCCAAAAAAUUCAGCCCAAAGUGUUCCUAAAUGGGAAUUUAAACAUGAAGCUUUUCAUACAGAGAGGAUAACUGAAUCUAGACAGUACCUGAGAAGCCCAGAAAAGCAGCCUGGAUUUGAAUGUUGCUUGUACUCUCUAAUAGGCAUGGACAGAGUCCAGUGUUCUGGUGAUCGAGAAUUAGCUCACCAGCUUCACCAAGAAGAAGACAGGAAGAGGAAAUCUGAAGAAUCAAGACAAGAAAGGGAAGAGUUUCAGAAGUUGCAGCGGCAGUAUGGUUUAGAUAAUUCUGGAGGAUACAGACAACAGCAGCUACGGCACAUGGAGAUAGAAGUAAACAGGGGAAGAAUGCAUCCCUCUGAGUUUCACAGCAGAAAAGCAGACAUGAUGGAAUCAAUAGCUAUUGGUAUUGAUGAUGGAAAAACAAAAACUUCUGGAAUUAUUGAAGCCCUACAUAGAUAUUAUCAGAACACUGCCACAGAUGUGAGGUGUGUGUGGCUCUCUACAGUGGUGGACCACUUUCAUUCAUCCUUUGGAGACAAAGGUUGGGGUUGUGGUUAUAGAAAUUUCCAGAUGCUGCUUUCAUCAUUACUACAAAACGAUGUGUAUGGUGACUGUUUGAAAGGUAUGUCCAUUCCUUGUAUUCCAAAAAUUCAGUCCAUGAUUGAAGAUGCAUGGAAGGAAGGUUUUGAUCCUCAGGGAGCCUGUCAACUUAAUAACAAAUUACAGGGAACAAAGGCCUGGAUUGGAGCAUGUGAGAUUUAUACACUUCUGACCUCACUGAGAGUAAAGUGCCGCAUUAUUGAUUUUCAUAAGUCAACUGGUCCUUCGGGUACACACCCUCGCUUAUUUGAAUGGAUAUUGAACUAUUACUCUUCAGAAAGAGAAGGGAACCCAAAGGUUGUGUGUACAUCUAAACCUCCUGUCUAUCUCCAGCACCAGGGUCAUAGUCGAACAAUUGUUGGAAUUGAAGAGAAGAAAAACCGGACAUUAUGUUUACUAAUAUUUGAUCCUGGAUGUCCUUCUCGAGAAAUGCAGAGACUGUUAAAGCAAGACAUAGAGCCUGGUAGUCUCAGGCAGCUGCGGAAAUCUGUGGGGAAUCUUAAACAUAAGCAGUACCAGAUCGUAGCAGUAGAGGGUGUUCUUUCACCAGAGGAGAAAGUUGCCAGGAAACAGGCUUCUCAAGUGUUUACAGCGGAGAAGAUUCCUUGAAUGAAAUAUUUCGGUGAUUUUGUACUUUUCCUUUUUAUUGAUAUUGAACUCUGAUACCAUUGAGGAAUUUGAUUUCACUUAAGUCCUUGGUAUAACAUUUAAGUUAUAAGUGCCUGUUAUGUUAUAUUUCUUAGUAAUUCAUUGUCUGUAAUUAGUUGAAUAAAAUACCUUGUUUGCAUUGUU